CGAACGUGCUUGACAUGUCCACCCCUGCCAAGCCACAAAACGUGUGCGCCGGCUGCCGCUCGCGAAAGAAAAAGUGCAAUGGAGCGCGGCCGGCCUGCUCCGCGUGCGUCAAGCGCGGCGAGCUUUGUGUAUACGGCUCCGAUCUGACGGGCGCGCCUCCGAUCAGCUGGGCCCUCGCCGCCGCCGCCGCCGAUCAGCCGUGGCACGCUCUGUCCGGGGACUCCGACGAGCACGCGGGCUUCCCGCUCGGCCUGUCGGGGGAGCAGCUGUGGAUGGGCCUGGACGGCGGCUACCAGAUCGACACCGCCCACGGGCUCCCGUCGCCGCAACCGCAAAAGUCACCCUCGCUAAGUGAUGACCCACGCGGAGAGGAGCUGCCGGCGUUGGCAACCCUCCUCCAGAUCGUGGAUGUCUUCUUCGAGCGCUUCUACCCGUAUCUGCCCGUCGUCCACAGGCCGACGCUGGAGUGGAGGCUCCAGCUCCCCGACGAGGCGUCCCCCGUGUUGCUGCACGCCAUCUGUGCCGUCGCCGCCGGCGCACAUCCGGACCGGGACGUCCAGCGGCGGCAGGGAGACUGGUUCGCCGCGGCCAAAGCGAACCUUUCGCGAUCGAUGCACUCGCCGGAGCGCGCGCUGCAGACGAUGCAGGCCGCCGUCCUCGUCAUCUACCAGGCAACGGUGGAGACGGACUUCUCGACGGCGUGGCUCGUGCUCGGCGAGGCGUGGCGAAAGGCCGUCGCCAUCGGGUGCAGCGCCGUCGAUGUCGACGCGGGCGCUACCAUGACCAUGCCUGCGCUCGGCGCCGGGCCCGGCGACGGCUGGGUCGAGCGCGAGGAGUGCAGGCGCGUCGUCUGGACCCUCUUCGUGCUCGACCGCGGCAUGUGCUUCCCCUUAGGCCUGGUUCACGCCGUCGAUGACCGCCAGCUGCGUCUGAAUCUUCCAAUGGACGAUGCCGCGUUCCAGGAUGAGGACGAGCCGGCGCAGGCGAAAACGCAGGGACGCUUCUCCCCGGACCUGAAGAAGCUCAUCUCAACCGUCCAGGGGCAGCAGCAGCAGCACCGAAGCACCAAUAACAUAUUACACUGCCUCGUGCUGGCGUAUGCGCUCCUCGGCAGAGUUGGCGAGCAGCUUUACUCGUCCCAACUUGGCGACGACGCGUCCGGGAGGCUAGAGGACCUCCCCUCUGACCUCUCACACGUCCGCCUCGUCAUGCCGGCCUCGGCCACGGACCUCUCCGCCGCCGAGUAUCAGGACCACGGGCGCGUGGUCUGGAUCCGCAUCGUCAUGUCGGCCUGCGCGAUCCUCGUGCAUCACCGCUCGCUUCGCGACGGUGAGGGCGGGGACGAGAGCGCCAUGGCCGCCAACUGGCCGCUCUGCGUGGCAGCUGCCCGCGGCACCGCCUCUGUCAUCCGCCAGACGGCCCUCGUGUCCACCAACUACGCCGACAACGGGCAGAUGACGGCGCUCCUGUUCAUGUGCUGCCGUGUGAUCAUCACCGAACACCUUUGCCCGCUCUCAGGCGCGCGCUCGGCCGCAGUACGCGACGACCUCGAGGUGCUGCUGCUGGCUAUCCGGCGCAUGAGGGAUACGCUCAAGAAGCUGGGCGAAAAGUUCACCCGAGGCGUCGUCUUCUACCUCUCCGGCGGGCGAGAGCGGGCGGCGGCAGCCCGGGCCCUCGGCGCGUGGGGGGUUCUCAGGACGUGCGAGAAGUGGCCGACCGUCGACAUUGACGACAUGCGGAUCCCGCCAUGAGCGUGCACACUGCACAGUACCCAGGCAACAAGGGCGUCAUGGUUGUAGUGCUCCCGCGAUUGGACGCGAGAUAUGAUGUCCUAGCAGGUGGAGUUACGACCGGCUUGACGACAAGGCUGUUAGCAAGCCUGCACCCUCUUAUCAGCAUCAGGGCAUGUUCAUGUACUUCCGCUGAUCACGGCGCGAUAGGCUCUCGUCGAGAGUACUGAGUGCAGCCACUGAGCAGCCAAGACCAGGCCUGUUAACUGAAUGCUGACCAACGCCACGUUCUGUUCGCACCCGCACAUAUCCGUAGAGGAGGGGGCUAGAUGACGGCAGCUUGAGUAGUGCGGGCUCGAGGGAUUCCUCAUGGCAUUGGGAUCGAGAGAAACCUUUGGAUGAUGAUGUUAGAAAUAGCUAAAGCAGGGUGUAUACUGUAUGAAGCGAAUGAUGGGGUCUCAAAAGACAAGCGCGAUGCUCACUGCAACGAGGGCUUUCUAGCAUAAGCUACGCGGUGG